AUUUUCAGGGGGACUUUUAUUCUGGAAAAUAGCCGUAUGAUCACCUGGCCUUAAUGCCGCUAUGUUCACAAUGCUAGGCCGUUCUUAUUACACAUCAGUGUGCUGGGCCGUGAUUGGGAAUUAACGGGCGUACUGUUGCAGUUAUUUUAAUCGCUUCGAUCAAAACAGUGAUUUAUCGACUACACUUCAGGCCUCGGCCUCAAGGGGGGGCAGAACAAAGUAGGUGGUGGGGCAGGAAGGCCUAGCCCCCCCAUCCUGACAAGAGGCCAGCCCCAGCUUCUGCUCCAGUAGACCAUAGCCUCUUCAGGACCAAGCAGGGACCAUGAGCACAGGCAAGCCCAGUGGAAUCAAGCCUCCCAGCAAGAUAAGCAGGCCAACUGGAUUACCCACACGCACCUCCCCUUCCUCUACUGCUCCAAAGCCUGUUCCUCCUGAGAAGUCUCCCACCCAGGAUGGAGAAAUAGACUACCAGGUGGGGGAGAAGGUGUGGGUCAACGGCAACAAGCCAGGAUAUGUCCACUUCCUGGGGGGCACGCAGUUUGCCCCAGGCCAGUGGGCCGGCAUCGUCCUGGAUGAGGCCAUCGGAAAGAAUGACGGGUCGGUGGCGGGGGUCCAGUACUUCCAGUGCGAGGACGGCAGAGGAAUAUUCACACGCCCCUCCAAGCUGACCAAGACGGCUAUGCCAGAGAUGGAGGCCAACUGUGGGCAGCCUAACCCUGGCGAGACAGGGGCAAACUCCCCUACCGCUGCUGCUGCUGGGGCUGCUAAUACCACUGGUAACAGCACCAAGACACCGCUGAGCAGAACCAUGACGGGCAGUGGGUCAGUGUCCAACCUCUCUGAGACAGACUCAGCCAAGAAGACCAGAAGAGAAUUGAGACUGGGAGACCGCGUGCUGGUGGGAGGUAAUAAGUCGGGGGUGGUGAGGUUCAUGGGGGAGACAGAGUUUGCCAAGGGGGAGUGGUGUGGAGUGGAGCUGGACGAACCACUGGGGAAGAAUGAUGGAGCCGUGGCUGGAUCCAGGUACUUCCAGUGCCUGCCGCGGUACGGCCUGUUUGCGCCGGUCCACAAGGUGAGUCGUAUCGGCUUCCCCAGCACCCUGGCUAAAGCCAAGUCCUCCUCACGGAGACGCUCCACCAUGAAGAGGAGUCCUAGCGGCUCCUCCUUGAGCUCCCUGAGCUCUGUCACCUCCUCUGUUAGUGGGAAACCCAGCCGCGCUGGCCUGCUGACCGAGACCUCGUCGCGGUAUGCUCGUAAGAUCUCUGGCACUACAGCGCUACAGGAAGCCCUGAAGGAGAAGCAGCAGCACAUCGAGCAGCUAUUGGCCGAGAGGGACAUGGAACGUGGGGAGGUUGCCAAGGCAACCAGCCAUGCUGGGGAGGUGCAGCAGGAACUGUCACUGCUCACGAAGGUUCAGGGGCAGUAUGUUAUGGAGAUGGAGGCUAAGCUAGAUCAACUGCGUGAACUGGUGGAGACAGCAGACAGAGACAAGGUGGAGCUGCUGAACCAACUGGAGGAAGAGAAGAGGAAAGUGGAAGACCUGCAGUUCACUGUGGAGGAAGCUUGCAUCACUAAAGGUGACCUAGAGACGCAGACCAAACUGGAGCAUGCCCACAUUAAGGAGCUUGAGCAGAGCCUUCUGUUUGAAAAGACCAAAGCUGACAAACUGCAGAGGGACUUAGAGGACACUAGGGUGGCCACAGUGUCUGAGCGGUCUAGGAUCAUGGAGCUGGAGAGAGAGGUGGUGGAGCUGCAGUUGAGACUACGGUCCUCCCAGCAGACAGAGGGUGCUGUGUCGCUGUCACCAGAGGAGCUCAGCGACCUCAAGGCCCGGGCCCAGUCCCAGGAGAAGAAGAUCAGUGAAAUUAGUGUGGAGCUGGACAACAGGCAGGAACAGCUUCGCUCUGUGAAGGAGGACAAAAUCUCCCUGGAACAGCAGCUAACCAGCCUGAGACAGAAACUGGACGCUGCAGAGAAAGACAACAAGACGAUGGCGCAAACCAUGCAUGAGCUGGAGAAGAGAGUGGAGCAGGCGGGAAAAGAGAGGGAGGCACAGAGAAAAGAGAACCAACGCACAGAGGAAGAGCUUCAGGAUAGACUGACGCAGGCUGCUGAGUCGUCAGAGAGGACCACCCACUCCGUGGAGCAGCUGACCAAUGAGAAGACAGCGCUGGAGGCUCAGCUCGAGGCGCUGAAACAGCAGAAUUCCAAAUUCCAGGAAGAACUCAGUCUCUCGCAGGAGCGGAGCACCUCGGAAAACCAGCGCAUCGGAAAUCUGUGCAAGGAAAUUGAGGAACUGAAGCUGAACAGUCAUAAGUCUCAGUACCAGCAAGACAUGAAAGACAGGGAAACUCUAUCCAACCAGGAGACAGGGGAGGAGAGAAACUUCCAGAAGACAGAUAAGGACAAGGAGCUGGACACUCUGAGGAAUGAGAUUGCGGUGCUGCGAGGUGAGAACGCCAUAGCCAAGACGCUGCAGUCUGCCGUUGAGGCGCUGGAGAGAGACAAGGCCCAGCUACAGGGAUGUGUCACCAGCCUGGAGCAAAGGCUCAUGGGACAGCAGGCCUCCGAGGGAGGGGACAGUGGAAUGCCUUCCUCAGGUGACGCAGUUCUGGACCAGCUGAGAGAAGAGAAGGAGUUUGCAGAGGGACAGAUUAACUUCCUGAACAGUGUGAUCGUGGACCUGCAGAGGAAGAACGAGGAGUUGAAGGUGAAGCUGAAGAAGAUGGUUCUGGCUGAGUUCAACGGCAACGACGGCACUGACGGUUUGGAAGAGUGUGGAUCUAAGAAGGACAAGAAGGCUCCUCCUCGUCUGUUCUGUGAUAUUUGUGACUGUUUCGAUCUCCAUGACACCGAAGACUGUCCGACCCAGGCCCAGAGCCCUGACUCAGUGCCCCACUCUUCCUUCAAGGGCAAGCCAGCCGACCAGCGGCCGUACUGCGACAUCUGUGAGGCCUUUGGUCACUCCACAGAGUCCUGCCAAGAUGACCAGACCUUCUAGAAUCACUCUCAUCCACAGUAUCCCACCCCUGCCCUGCACAGACCGCCAAACACCAACCAGACUCCCUCUGGGUUUUUAUAUCGGAUUUAUAUACGUCACUUACUGUCACAGUCCACUUAGAUAACUCAAAAUCCCCCACUACGUAACUCUCCUAUUACUUCUACUACUUCCUCUCACAAACUUUUCUCUCCUCCCUCUCCAACUCUCCUUUCCUCACUCUCCUCCCUCUCUCUAAUUCUCCUCCCUCUCCUCUCUAACUCUCCUCCCUCUCUCUAACUCCCUCUCCGACAUGUAAUAUCCAUGUUAGGAACUAAAGGAAUUAGUCUUCUGUUAUUAGUUCAUAAACAAAACAUCUUCUGUUAUUAGUUCAUUCUUUUAUGUUUAAAAAAAAAAAUAAUAUUAUAUACAGCAUGGGUUGGGUUUUGACUUCAGUUCUCCCAGGAAUUAAACUUCCUAUAUGUAACCGGGCAAGAGGGAAGGCAUUUGAUGAUGCAGACGUCCGUGAAGGUGAAGGGCCUGGAUGCACCAGAGUGGUUCACUGCUAAUAGCACUAUUAAUGAUGACUGUUUCUCAAACACAUUCCUGUCUUUCACAUGUCACAUUCCCGAGUCAGUGUGCUGUGUCCAGACCCUGACCCUUUUAUUUAUUUAUUUAACCCUUAUUUUACCAGGUGAGUUGACUGAGAACACAUUCUCAUUUACAGCAACGACCUGGGGAAUAGUUACAGGGGAGAGGAGGGGGAGGGAUGACCCUAUGGAUGUCCCCUCCACAAAGGGAACAGGGUAAUACCACAGGACACACAGUCUACCUGUACUACCAGGUUGUGUUCAGCAGGCACAAAAUGAUAGAGGACAUUUUGGAACUGAGGAGUUAUUUUGGGAAAUUCUCCAGAAAAACGCACAUGAUGUUUUAAUGCCUACUGCACAUCAGCCUGGUGCUGGUGGCAGGUGUUCACCCAAACUAAGGUAACCGAACGCCAGCCACUUAACUUGUUGUUGCACUACUCACUUUAAAACUCCCUCUUUAGAAUCCAGGACACACUUAGAAACUGCCACGCUAAAUGAAAAAACUAACUUUUCGACACGGAAAACGACCUAGUUACUGUCACCUUUUAUGUGCAGCCUGUGUAUUUUAUGUAUUGUCUUUUAAAAACGACCUGUCCUGUAAUAGAUAUAUAUACGUGUACUAGAGCUAUGUACUGAAGCACACAGUUUGGAUCAUAUUGAAUCGCCCGGUGUAACAAAGCUAUGUAUGAUAGAUCUAUGGGACUAACCAAUGACACCGGCCUUUGUAAAUAACCAUCAGAAGCUUUCUGAAAAACUAAAUGUGCACAAGGUGCCAUGGAAACAAAAAGGAUCUUUUACGUGCAUUUUAUUUUUCUGCUCUGCUGAUAGACUGACCCGUACGCUGUAUGAUUAACGAUGUACCGGCUCCAGGGAACAAACAUAACGCACUUGUAAUGAUGUUAUUAACUCUAUAAGCACAUUGUGGACUCUUUACUAAGUGACGUGACUGUUUAGUGCACUGUUUUCUAUGUUUCAAAUAACGCUAAGGCAUCAUCUAUAAAGGCUUUAUAAAGGGUUUGUUAAUUGGUAGACUGUUAUAAACCCUUUACAGAUGAGGACCCUACUGUAAAGCGGUACUGGUUUUCUAUGUUGUGUACAAAAAAUACAAUAAAAACAAAUACUCUACCUGUA